UUAGAAAAAUGAACGACGACGUUUGGGUUCAGCCUCCGGAUGCUCCAGCAUUUGAGCCAACCGAGGAGGAAUUCGCGGAUCCGUUAAAAUACAUAGAGUCAAUUUUCCCCAUAGUAUACAACACUGGAAUUGCAAGAAUACGGCCCCCUAAAUCAUUCAACCCGCCAUUUGCGCUAGAUCCUGAAAAUUUGAAAUUUACGCCAAGAAUCCAACGAAUUUGUGAGAUGGAUGCAAAAUCUCGUACAAAACUUAAUUUCAUGUCUGAACUCACCAAGUACUGGGAACUGAACAGCAUAAAACUGAAGUAUCCAGUUAUUGACCAAAAGUAUGUGGACCUGCUGGCCUUAAAGAAAUUUGUGAUAGAAGAAGGCGGAUAUGAACAUGUAUGCAAGAAGAAAUUGUGGCCACAUAUUGCUUUUUUGCUCGGAAUUGACGCUAGUAAAUCUCAAACUCUCAAGAAUCAUUAUGAUCGAAUAAUAAAACCUUAUGAAAAGUUUCUCAGCGAAAAUGAGACAGCAAAAUCAGAGUCAAUUUCUGAGCCGAAAAAAAUUGCAAUUGCAUCUCGAUCUAGAAACGUUUCCCGAAGGUACUCAAGACGUAUUAACGAUAAAGAUUCUGAUAAAGAUAAAUGCGAUGUUGAAAACAACGCUGAGUUGAAAAAAUUGCAAUUUAUUGGAGCAGGACCUAAGAUGAGAGUUCCCGAUGGUGAUGCUGCGAAGAUACAAACAACUGCAUGUAGUGUCUGCGGGACUGCUAGCCAGGACCGACUCAUUCUGAAAUGUACUUCGUGUGGCUGUGGCUUCCACACGUUCUGUCUUGAUCCUCCAGUCAGAGAGUUUCCGAAAUCCGAAUGGAACUGUCAAAAGUGUUUGGUCAAAAUGGUCAAGAGCAAAAGCACAGACCCAUUUGGUUUUGAACAGUCGCCCUCUGAAUACAAUGUGAGAACAUUUGGCGAGUAUGCUGAUAACUUCAAGAGGAACUAUUUCAAUAGAGCACCACAAACAGUUCCUUACGAACAGGUUGAACGCGAAUUUUGGCGCCUAAUUUCAUCUCUGGAGGAAGACGUUUCAGUAAUGUAUGGCGCGGAUCUGCAGACGUUCGAACUUGGAAGCGGGUUCCCAACAGUUGAUAAUAACGUGAAGUGCGAAGAUGGAAUUGACUAUUCGGUGUCUGGAUGGAACUUGAAUAGAAUGCCAGUCGAAUCUAGAUCUCUAAUGCGGUUCAUUGAGGCUCAAAUUAGUGGCAUGAAGCUUCCAUGGCUCUACAUUGGAAUGUGUUUCUCUGCUUUUUGUUGGCAUGUUGAAGACCACUGGAGUUACUCGAUCAAUUACUUACAUUGGGGUGAAGCGAAAACUUGGUAUGGUGUUCCCUCAAAAGACGCCGAGAAAUUAGAGCAAGCUGUAAAAAAUACAGCCCCAGAAUUAUUUGAAAACCAACCAGAUCUUAUGCAUCAUCUGGUGACUACCAUGAGUCCAGUGACCUUGAUGAAUUACGGGGUCAAUGUCUACAGACUGAUUCAAAAUGCAGGGGAUUUUGUCAUUACUCUUCCAAGAGCCUACCACGCUGGGUUCAACCAGGGAUACAACUGCGCAGAAGCGGUCAAUUUCUGUCUUCCAAACUGGAUCUCGAUGGGAAGGGACUGUCUGCAACAUUACCAAAGUGUGAAGAGGUAUAAUGUAUUUUGCCACGAUGAACUCAUCUCCAAGAUAAUUCACUCUGGCGAAAAGUUCGAGGCAGAGUUUUCACAAUGCUUGUGCGAUGAUGUAUCGGUUGCCUUGGACAUUGAAAAGAAGUAUAGAGCUGAACUAGAAAGCAAAGGAUUAAUAAAAACAACGCUGACAAAGUUCGAAGAAAUUGCCGAUGAUUUGCGCAUCUGCGAUGCAUGCGAUCUGACUUGCUUUUACAGUGCUCUAACGUGUCCUUGCAGCCCCGGGAAGUUAGUUUGUCUCGCUCAUCAUGACAAAUUAUGCCAAUGUGACUAUAGGGAGAACGUUCUUCAGUUUAGAUACACAAUUGAGGAGCUGGAGGACGAUCGGGAUACCCUUCAGCAGAGAGUAGAAACCUACACCGAUUGGUUGUCUCGAUCGAAGAGUGCUCUCGAAGCAUGGCCAGGUUCUAAACUAAGCGUGAACGAGUUCAAAGACCUGGUUGAAAUUGCUGCAACAGAAGAGAUAAAUGAGCAAAAGACUGUGGAGAAACUGAAGCAAGCUGUAGCGGAUGCGGAACAGGUGCAAGUGAUUGCACAACAGCUGGCAGCUAAGAAACACCGAACUCGUGUCAGAACUGGAGGUGUUGUGAACAGCACUACCAACGAAAUCGGUCAACAUCAGCAAAGCAAGCUGAAAUUAGAAGAGCUUCAGGCGUUCUUGGACCAGGUUCAAACGAUCCCUUGCGAAUUACCUGAAACGGAACAAAUUGUUGAGGUCAUUGAUUUGGUGGAAUGCUUGGAGUCUGAUAUUAACAAAGCGCUCACACGGCGAGAUAUGGAAAAUGUAACUAAAAUGGAGGAGCUGUAUGAAAAAGCGAUAUCUCUUGACGUUGAGAUUGUUAACUGCGCAGAAUUGAAGCUUCUUCUGGAGGCGGCAUAUACUCUGCAAUUUGUCAACGAAAGACUGAAUGAUGAGAAAAUAGAAAUUGAAGAGCUUAAAACUUUGAUUGAUAAAUGCUCUAUGGCGAAUACAUGCAGUGAAAUCAACGAAAAGACGAAGAGCUUGUUGGAAAUGUACGACCGAAGUCUGGAGUGGGAAACGAAAGCCAGAUACUGCCUGGAAUGCAAUCCAAAAUAUACGAUCGACCAAUUAGCUAGUAUUUUGUCGGACGCUGAAGAUCUGCCAACUUACCUACCGACUGUCAAUGCACUCCAAGAGUCAGUAUGUAAGGCCAAGGAUUGGGUUGUUCGGGUGGAAAGUCUUCUGGAGCAAGAUCCUCCACCGUACCUUGCAGUUCUAGAAGGACUCGCAGUGAAAGGCAAAGCUCUGCCCGUUCAGCUGACAAACCACACAACAGUCCAGUUUUUGAUUGACACGGCAACAGAAUGGAAAGAUAAAGCAGAGAAAAUGUUUUUGAAGAGCAGCAAUUCUGAACUGACUUUGACCGAUGUUUUAACUCCCAGGAAUAAUUUUAACGUUAGGUCGCGAAGCGGCGCCUCGAAAAAUCGAAGACGAACAGAAACUGCCCUAUAUCGAAUUGUUGACUAUUCGUUAGAAGAACCAAAGUCACCUGCGUAUUUUGCGAGGAACUACCGCGAGUUAUGUAUCGAAGAACUUGGCGACAUGAAAGAAUUAAGAUCAAGAAAUAUCGACAGAGCUUCGAAGGACGAUAAUAACAAGGAACUGUACUGUGUGUGUAGGAAGCCAUAUUCUGGAUUCAUGCUGCAAUGUGAUUUAUGUCGAGAUUGGUUCCACACAACAUGUGUCCCACUUCCAAAAUCUAUUGCCUACAAAAUGCAGGGCAGAAGUUCUGUAGCUGCACUCACUGAAGCCAUCAAAGAUCUCAAAUACCUCUGCCCAAUGUGCAAGAGAUCCAGACGUCCGAGACUGGAAAAUGUGCUGACAUUGCUGGCCGGUCUUGAAGAAAUUCCUCUUCGGUUGAUUGAAGGCGAAGCGGUCCAAUGCCUGUUCGAACGUGCAAUGUGCUGGCGCUCAAAAGCUCGCGAUUACUUAACAUCUCAAGAAAAGUUCAAAAACGUAGUUUCAAAAAUGGCCAUGAAAAAACCACCGGAAACAAUUUAUCCAGUUCUCAAUUUCAAAAACGAAGUAUGUUUCGACAGCUCUGAAGAUGAAACGUGUGAUCAUCAAGUUAAUAAAACAGAGCCAGUUGAAGUGAAAACUGAGCCAGUUGCUCCAAAAAAUGACAUCAGUCAAGAUCAGAAGCAAACAUUCGACGAAGGCGUUGGAUCUUCUAUUACAAGUGAUGUCAGCGCUCCAUUGACCCUAGCGGUUAAGAUUGAAAACGAGGAGCGUCAAGUUACAGUAGAAGAUAUUGUAAUGACGAUCUCUGAAAGUGAGCUGGACACUAUGGAGUCGUUACUGCUCGAAGGUGAUUUGAUUGAAAUCGGACUGGACGAAACGCAUUAUUUGUGGACCAUUGUUCAAGCAGCCAUUGCAGCUGAAGAUCAAGAAGACGAGGAGGAGGAGGAGGAAGAAGAAGAAGAAGAGGAUAUCAAAGAGGAACCAAUUGAUGUGUCGACAGGGAAAGAUCAAAAGCCAAAGACGAGUGGAAAAGUGGAGCCCCGGAAGAGUGCAACAAGUUUUGUGAAGAACCCAGCAAGGUCGAAGCCCACGAAGCGAAGAUAUGCAGCAUCUAGUCAAUCCCGCACACGGUCAAAGAUUGCCGAAAAAAAAGCGCCAAAUGAAAGCAGCGGCUCUUCAAAUUCAGAAGGUUCUAAACCCGUCUCUAAAAAGCAAAGCCAACCCGAUUCACCGAACACCAUCAAACGAAGAAGGUCAGAAAAGGUUGCCAAAACCCCCGAAGAUAUCUCUCCCUUCCAUGAUUUACCUGCUCUAAACCAACCUAACCAGAGCAAUGCAAUCAAAAAGCAAAAACCAAGGGGUGGUCGACCUAGGAAACAGUCAGCAUCCUUUGAGAAAUGCGCGCUUGGUUUAAAAUGUUCAGAGCCGCAUGGUAAAGACAUCAACUGGGUAAUGUGCGAUAACUGUGAAAACUGGUACCAUGUAAGAUGUGUUGGAAUUACCAAUGAGCAAGCUGAAAAUGAAGAUUUUAUUUGUCGUGCUUGUGCGGCUAAAGCGAACAACUCGGAACCCGAAUAUGCUCCGACGAGUGGAGAUUUCGAGCGAAGAUUGCAACCCGAGAACGAAAGAUCCAGUUCGGUAUCGUCUUCGGUUUCGAGUAUUUUCGGCCCGACGAACAGCAAUGUAAACUCACAAUCAUCAGCGUCACAGUGUUCCAUACCUUGCUUUGAUCCUGAACCUUACAGCGUUGCGAGUUCAUCUUCGUUUUUUACGACUCAAGUCGGCUCCUCAUCUUCGGGUGCUGUCGGGUCCUUUAACGAUAGGCAUCCAGCUAUUUCUUCAAAGACCUUUCAAAGUGGGUCGUCCCUACCUAUCACAGAUGACACGAGAAUAGCUGCUGAACUACUUCACGCUUUAGCGAGUCGAGGAUCGUCUUCAAGCGUGAACACGUGACAUGCUGCGUGAAAUCUUAGAAGUUUUGUAGCAUAAAAACCACGAACAUUUACCUUUUCUUUGCCUCUGGUUGAUGUUAAGUUACCAGUUUUAUCGUUAAUUUCAAACAAAAACAAUCUGUGCUUCUUAGAUGUUUGUUCGUAUCUUGUAACCAAGAGUGAAAACGAAAUAUCCGUUAUUUUGAUUCCUAUAGCUGAUUUUAUGUCAAUUUAAUCAAAAUCCAAUAUAUAUGCACUAAAGCAUGAACAAAGACACGAUGCUAAAAUGCUUCAAUUUUGGUAUCUGUAUAUACUUUUCAACUAAGCCUUUGCAUUUACUUCGUUGAUUUUUGAUUUACAAACUCCAUCAGUGGGAAAUCCUAAUAUUUGAGGAAAUCUCGAUCUUAUAUGCUCUCCAACAAUUUAGACUUGAACUCGCCGUUCAGAUUUCAAAAAAAAAUAGUUUUUUACUGGUGAAUUUAAGCAAAUUAUUUGUUGAUAGAAAAUGACCAAGGGCUCGAUUUGUUUGUCUGCAAGUUAAGAUUUUGGAUUCAAUUAAUGCGUGAAGGCGAAAUUGCUGCCAAUCCUGUUUUAUUCGAGCCCUUGGCGGCUAAUCUCAUUUCGAGUUGAAGUCAUGACAUUUUGUUUUCUUGACACGAUAAAAGUGAUCAGAAAGUAAGUAUUUAAUCGUAAUCUUGAUCAAAGUAUUUAGGUGAAAUUGAUUGUUUUUUGUCAAAGAAAAACUAGGUCAAUUUGAUCUCAAUCAGCUCGAAAUGCUGUCAGUAAGAAGAUCGUCCACUCCAUAUGAAAUCAUAUCCGUUGUGUUCAUAGUACCUAAUCUUAAUCCAUAGUUAGAUGUGUAUUAUUGUAGAUUAAUUUUCCUCGAGUAAUAAAUCGAUCAAUUUUUAGCUUGGCGCCGAUAAAGCAUUCGCAUUCCGAUUGUCGAACGAUCCAGAGAACUAUUUUACAAAAUAUUGAAAUUGCGAUUUUUUAAGAUUCCAGGUUGAUUUUGAUUAUUAGUGUCAAAUGGUUCGGCUUUCAACUGUAGUUGUAAUUAAAGAAACGAAGCGUGUGUUUUCAUUGUUGGUGUUUCAGAAGGUCAUCUUUGUUCUCUUUAUUAAAUGUCUUGGAAGCUGUCGCAGAGGUAAACUAUUUCAGGUCUAAUUGCAAUCUAAGUAAACACGAGACACAGAACUAUAAUAUGAGACCUGAUUUAGUAUGCCUAAAUUUGGUGCUCAUUCUUGUUAGAAUGAGAUUUGUUUAUUUAUAUACAAAAAUGGU